AUGCUCUGCCGCCAGCCAUCCUUGCUGGGCACUUUGACAGGCCCAACUGAGCCACAGCGCGUACGUACGCGCGUCGUCGCCGAAUGCGCAAGGAGGCGCAGCGGGUCGACCUUAGGCGCGAAAGCUGACCGCCAGGCCGAGUGUCAUGACCACAAGGGCAGCCAUGAACAUGGCCGAGUUGACGGCCCACCAGUCGUCAAUGCCGCGAACAAACCAGAGCGCGGCCAGCGUUACAACCCAGCCCAGUGCGGACGAGCGGCCAAAGUUUGCAUAAAACUGGCGUCGCUUGCGGUCCACCAAGGCGCGGUAGGCGGCGGGCACGGGGCGUCGCCCUCGGCCAUCCGGAUUCCAUUUGCCCGUGGUAAUACACCCUCACUGACUCUCCACGCCCAUCCGGUAGAGCAUGAUGCCAGCACUGGCCAGCGAGUACAGCAAACCAGGACCUGCCAGGUCCAAGAGGAGGCACAGCAGCGCCACGCCGCCAAGCACGCCGCCUACAACUUUGCGCACGGAGGCCUCCUUGCUCGAUAUCUAUUCGCCACGACCACGCCCCGCCCAAACGGGCCAGCAUAUCAAGAAAGCAUGAGCGUAUGCAUGGUCGGAAAGGCACAAACGCAGAUCUGA